AUGAAUGGGUACUUGAACGAAUCCAACUUCAUGAUGGUGGAGGAGGGCUUCACCGCCAGAGACCUCCUGGAGAACCUUCUCGCGGAGCUGUGCCAGGCAAGCGACCAGCAAGCCUUCUUCGUGGCAGACCUUGGGGACAUUGUAAAGAAACACCUGCGCUUCCUGAAGGCCUUGCCCCGUGUGAAACCCUACUUCCCGGUGAAGUGCAACGGCAGCGAAGGAGUGAUCCGGCUGCUGGCUGAGCUGGGGGCCGGCUUUGCCUGUACCAGCAAGGCAGAGAUUGCACGGGUUCAAAGCAUCGGAGUCCCGGCUGACAAGAUCUUCUACAGCAGCCCCUGCAAGCAGGUUGCCCACAUCAGAUACGCAGCCGACCACGGCGUGCAGCUGAUGACCUUCGACAAUGAGGUGGAGCUGAGCAAGGUGGCCAGGAGCCACCCUCGUGCCAGGAUGUUGUUGGGAAUUGCUGCUGACUCCAGCCCUUCUGCCCAUCCCAGCAUGACAUUUGGGACUGUGCUCAAGUCCUGCCGGCACCUGCUCGAGACAGCGAAGGAGCAGGCUGUGGAGGUUGUUGGCAUCAGCUUCCACCUCGGGAGCGGCGGGCUGGAGCCCCAGGCCCUCGCUCAGGCUGUGGCUGCGGCGCAGCUGGCCUUUGAGAUCGGCACCGAGCUGGGCCACCGGAUGCACCUCCUGGACAUCGGAGGGGGAUUCCCCGGCACCAAGGACGCCAGAGCCCGGUUCCAAGAGGAAGAGUCUGGCAGCAAGAAGAGCCUCGUGUAUCACCUCAGCGAUGGCAUCUACGGCACCUUCUCCUUUGACAGCCCCUGCCCCAGACCUCGGCUGCACAAGAGACCCUGCCCGGCCCACCCCUGGCGCAGCAGCAGCCUCCGGGGCCCCCCGGGACACACAGAGGACCCCAUUGCCGACAGCCUGGAGCUGCCCGAGCUGCAGGUCGGGGACUGGCUGAUCUUUGAGGACAUGGGUGCCUACACCAUCGCAGCCUCGUCCUCGCUCGGGGGGUGUCCCCAGCCACACGUCACCUACGCCAUGUCCCGCCUGGCCUGGAAAGCUGUCCAGCUCUUCCAGGAAAAGCC